CAGCCUCCCCGGUCUGAAGUGUCUCCAAUGAGCAGGAUACUGGAUGGGAUAGAAUGGAGCCAUGAGAGAACAGAUGUGCUGCCCUGAAGAUCAUCAUCCCCCCCCAGACUGGUGCCCAAGUGCCAGGAAGAGAGGAGAGAAGGAAGGACCCAAGAAAUGCCACGCAGGCAGGAAUGAGCAGGCACCAACCCAUGUGCUGGUAGAGACAGGAGACUGCUGCUGUGUGACAAGUACUACAACUCCCAGCCACUGCAAGGAUGCACAGGGUAAGGAAGUACUUCAGGGGCAGCGGGCGAGCCCUGGCAUUCAUCUUCAUCGCCUCUAUCAUCUGGCUGAUAUUUGACAUAGCAGCUCUGAGGUUUUCUUUCAAUGACAUUAAUAGCAAGUUGCAAAGAGAGGAACUUUUCCGCAGGGACAAAGUGGGCUCUGUAUCCUGGAAUCCCCCCGAACAAGGCAAAGUGUACAAUAGGGGGGUAGAGGGAGGAGAUCGCCUGGGCAAGGACACCACUAAGUUAAAAGGCAUAUUCUUCCCUCCUGUGGAUGAACUUGCUGGACCAGUUAAUGCACUUGACAAAAAGGUGAUGGGAAAGCUUAGAAAAAGGACUAUAAAGCCCAGGAUCAUUAAGAAAACCCAAGCACCAUUGGGGGCCCCGCAAGACAAAAACGUCCCCUCUGUACAGGGGGCUGAGAAGGAGAAGGUGGAAGUUGUAAAUGUUACAAGUACGCUGCUGUCAAAAGGGCAGUUUCCUAAAAAUCCCUUGCACAUAGCAGAAGACAGGCUAAUGGUCAAACUGAAUAAUACUGCGCCUGUUGUACGGGAGGGGGAUGUGCACCGUAUGGGGGAACCUGUAGGAGCAGAGGAUUUACACAAUGGAGUUGAGUCCAAGGUCCUAGGGGUCCCAAAAGAUGCUGGAGAACAUAAGGAUGCAGGAGCCCCUGGGGAUUCAGUAAAGAGAAUGGAUGAUGUGGCUCCAAAAGAUGUAGUAAAACAUAAGGAUGCUGUGGCCCCUAAACAUGCAGUAGAGCAUAAGGAUGCUGUGGCCCCCAAACAUGCAGUAGAGCAUAAGGAUGCUGUGGCCCCCAAACAUGCAGUAGAGCAUAAGGAUGUUGUAGCCCCAAAAGAUGCAGUAGAACAUAAGGAUGCUGUGGCCCCUAAACAUGCAGUAGAGCAUAAGGAUGCUGUGGCCCCCAAACAUGCAGUAGAGCCUAAUGAUGCUAUUGCCCCUAAACAGGUGGUAGAAAGUAAAGAUGGAGGAGCUCCUAAAGACAUAGUAGGGAUAUAUGAUGGCGUUGGGCCCAAGGGUGUUGUGGUCCCUAAGAAUGAAACUGAACCAAAAGAUACAGUGGAGUUGAAGGAUGCAGGGGUCCCUAAAGAUGCUGCUCUGCCUAAGGAUCUGUCUAAAGAUGCAGUCAAGCCCCAGGACUCUGUGCCCCUUAAAGAGGAACACAAGGAUACAAGAGCUUUAAAUAAUGGAGAAUCAAAGGAUGAAGGAGCAUCUAAAGAUGGAGCUGAGCACAAGGAGGAUGUGGUCCCGAAGGAGAAACCUGAAGCCAAAGAUGUAGCGGCCCCUAAAGAUGGAGUUGAUAAUAAGGAUACAAAGGAAUCUAAAACUGAAGUGGAGCCCAAUGCUGCAAGGGCUUCUAACAUUGUUGUGUUGGACAAGGAUGCCUUAAAACCCAAAGACGUACAGGUACCUAAGGACGUAGCAGACAGUGGUCCACACCAGGUCAAUAUCAAGGCUGGAAGUCUUCAAGAGAACGCUAACAAACUAAAAGGUUCUGACCAACAUUCAGAAGGAAAAGUUAUAUUUAUCAAUAAAGUAAAUGAAAACAAUGACCAGAUGGAUAAACUUCCUGUUUUCAAUGUGUCCGCUGACAGUGUAAAUAAAGUUAAUAAUUUAUCCGUAAGUGACGCCAAGGAACACGGAUUACCAAAUGUAACAGUUAAAAAAGUGAACCCUGUGGUGUCUAACAUUACUUAUGGCAAUGCAACUGGGAAAAUGUCCAACCUGCUGCUUAAUUUCAAAGAAGGCUUUUUAGGAAAACUGGAGAAGAAGGGAAAGAAAAGUUUGGUGAAUGUAAAUGAGAAUAUCACAAGUAAAGUGUCAAACACAAGCGUCAACCAUCCAGCUAAAAUCCAUGGUGAAAGGGAAGUCAUCAAGGUGAAGCCUCCUGGGAAGCACAAAGUUCUGACUAUUGACUCAACUAUGAGUCCAAGAAACCCCCGAGCCCCAGGCCAGUAUGGGAGGCCUAUGCCAGUCCCUAAAGAUAAGGAGCAAGAAGCAAGUAGAAGAUGGAAAGAAGGAAACUUUAAUGUUUAUCUAAGUGACAUUAUUCCUCUUGACAGAGCAAUCGAGGACACCAGACCUAAAGGGUGCUCAGAUCAGAUGGUCCACGACGAUCUUCCCAACACCAGUAUUAUCAUGUGUUUUGUGGACGAGGUGUGGUCUACCCUCCUGCGCUCAGUCUUCAGUGUCCUGAACCGAUCUCCACCUCAUCUCAUCAAAGAGAUUAUUCUCGUAGACGACUUCAGCACAAAAGCCUACCUCAAAGACAAGUUAGAUGUUCACAUGAAGAAGUUCCCCAAGGUCAAGAUACUUCAUCUAAAGGAAAGGCAUGGGUUAAUCCGGGCCAGACUUGCAGGUGCAAGUAUAGCAAAAGGCGAUGUGUUGACGUUCUUAGACUCACACGUUGAGUGCAAUGUUGGAUGGCUGGAACCUCUCCUGGAACAAGUGCGAGUAAAUAAAAAGAAGGUAGCUUGCCCAGUCAUUGAAGUCAUUAAUGAUAAGGACAUGAGCUAUAUGACUGUGGACAACUUCCAGAGAGGUAUUUUCACGUGGCCAAUGAACUUUGGCUGGAAGCCCAUCCCUAAAGAAGUUCUCCAGGAAAAUAACAUAACAGACAUGGAUCCUAUAAGAUGCCCAGUUAUGGCUGGAGGACUGUUUUCCAUUGAUAGGAAAUAUUUCUAUGAACUUGGUACAUAUGAUCCUGGCCUGGAUGUUUGGGGCGGAGAAAAUAUGGAAAUAUCAUUUAAGGUUUGGAUGUGUGGAGGAGAAAUUGAGAUCAUCCCUUGCUCCAGAGUUGGCCACAUCUUUAGGAAUGACAACCCGUACUCCUUCCCUAAGGAUCGGGUUAAAACCGUAGAGAGGAACCUGGCUCGUGUUGCAGAAGUCUGGCUGGAUGACUAUAAGGAGCUUUUCUAUGGUCAUGGUUAUCACCUUCUACAGGAACUUACAAACAUUGGCGACCUGACCGAGCAGAAGGAGCUGAGGAAGAGAUUAAAGUGCAAGAGUUUUAAAUGGUACAUGGACAAUGUCUAUCCGGAUCUGGAUGCCCCUCUGGCCAGAGCUAGCGGAGUGGUAAUAAACACAGCGUUGGGAAAAUGCUUAUCGUUACAAAACUCUACUGUAUUCCUGGAGGCAUGUGAUCCCAGUAAGCAGAACCAGCAGUUCAAUUUCACCUGGUUAAGAUUAAUAAAACAGAAGGAUCUUUGCAUUUCACCCGGCGAAGCGAAAAACCAAGUGUCUGUAACGCCCUGCGACAAUCUGAACAGCAGCCUGCGCUGGUUACACAGGUCCCUGACAGCGUUCCAGCCCGUGCUGUCCGACCAUCUAGUACUAGAAAACAUGAAGAAUCCGACAUGUCUGGAGGUAGAAGCUUCUCAAGAGAAAGUACAAAUCAAUGGAUGCAGCCCUACAAACAGUCUUCAGAAGUGGAGGUUUGAGACGUACUUUGCUCCAUGAAGGUGACACUGGUUCUGGAGAAUCUUCUUACAUCAUCGUAACACUGCGGAGCGGACGGACAAUAGUGUUACAUAGAACUUGUUUUUAUUGGGAUUUUUUAUUUAAAAGAGUCGGAACUACGAUUGGACUGUAAACAGGAUUGUGGAAAGACUUCCCUAAAAAUUGGAAUAGUUACUGGAAAAAAAAAACACAAGGGGUUAAUGAGGAUUCUGGGGCUGAUUCUGAUGUUGUUAAGCUACAGGGGAUGUUGUUGUUACAAGGGGGAUUUUAUUUUUAGGUGAUUAUAAUGAAGUUUAAGAUUAUUUAUUUAUCUGUGAUUCUUUUUUUCCUUUCUUUCUUGCUUUAUUUUUUUUUUGUGUAACAGAAAUUUAUGACACGUUCUGCAGGGACUCCAGCAGCUUAAACUGCUUAGACUCAUAGGUCGGUUGGGGUCAGUUUACAUUAUGUGCAGUUUUGAUGCGUUUUCUUAUUCAAUGUGCAUUUUAUUUAGAGAAAUAUUGCCAUGAAAGAGAUUUCUGAGGUGUUUUCUGAAGAUUUGAUGUCUUUGAGUUAUGUUCACAUAACCUUUUUUACUGCUUUUUAUAAUGUUUCUACCACGUUUUGGCUGUGAUUUUCCAUAAAUGCAGUGUAUGUCAAUUGUGCAAUUGCAGUGAAAUAGUGCCCUUCUUCUAAGAUUUCAGAAAAAAGACAGCAAAAACGCAGGAAAAUAUGUAAACAGGGGAGGUUUAUAGCUACUUUAUAUCCUGAUCCCAUUGAAAUGGCAGCAGUAUACAAAUAGAGCUGGAGGAGAGGGGUCUGUGAACAGCCAGAAGAGAUGUGAUUGGUGAUGAUGUCAUCCUGUAGUUCACAGGAGGUCCGCUGACCCCGGACUGACCAUUUCCUCUGACACAUUAAAGGGGUACUCUGCUGAAAAAGAUCUUAUCCCCUAUCCAAAGGACAGGGAAUAAGAUGUCUGAUCACGGGGGUCCCACCACUGGGGACCCCCGUGAUCUCCGGGCCGGCAGUGGCGGCAUUCAGAACACAGAAGCUUGGAGAUUCCGUGUUCAUGACAUCACACCACGCCCCCUCCAUUAUUCAUGUCUAUAGCAGGGCUCCUCCCAUAGACAUAAAUUAAGGGGGAGUGGCGGCUAUGGUUUGCUCUUUGUGCCGCAUGACUGGGGUGCCACAGAGGAGAUUCCUAUGGAUAGCGGAUACGAUGUUUUCCAGUGGGGUACCCCUUUAAACGCUGAUUUUUUUCAGGUCAGGCUGGUGAUCACACAACCCAGUUACAAUAAUGAAAUGUAUGGAUGCAGCUGUGCAGGAAUGAAACAGAUGGCGCUGUAUGACUAGUGAUGGUGACUGUGCAGGAUAUGGGGGAAAAAAUAUACUGCAGUGCUUCUUUAAUGUAGCUCCUGGAAAGUGCUGAUACUCAUUGGGUGCAAUAUUGUAAAACUACAAUGGCGGCUGUCCUGGCAUGCUCGUAGUUGUAAUUUUGCAACAUCUGGAGGUCCAUAGUUUAGAGACCACUACUAUAGGUUCUGUAGUUGUACAUCAAUUACAGUACGUAAGGUAACAGCGCCAUCUGCUGGUCAUAUACACAUACAGGCUUUUGAUUUCUUGUAAGAGAGAAAACAUCUUGUCACUAGUUCACUAGUGCACAUUAUCCCUGCAACUAUCUAUAGAGUUCAUCUAUGAUCUACAUUCCAAACAAAUUUUUAUUGGGUUUUUAGCAAUUUUUUACAACUGUUUUUGAAACUAUAAUAUGAGGUUAUGAUAUCUUUCUCUUUCACGCCAUAUAGGAAUAGGCUUAAUUCUGUCAAUGUAAAAAAAAAAAAUGUCAUUCAGUACCAAUGCAGUUGGAGACCCUGGAUCUAGAACAGUGUUUUCAACCCAAUGUGCUUCCAGCUGUUGCAAAACUACAACUCUCAGCAUGCCCGCUCAGCCUUUGAAGUGUAUCUAUGGACUUCUGAGCUGUUUUUAAGGCUAAGUAAUUUCAAAGUUACUGCAACAUGUAUGGUUAUGGGUAACUUUAUAGGACCCGGUGGUAGCUAACAACUUGAACAAAAAUACAUUGCACUGGGGAGUUCUUUAUACUUUUUAAAAUUAAUGUCCAGAAAUGAUCCAUUUUUGGAGGCAGAUGCCUGCCAGUGUUUAUAUUCAUACAGACAUAUCAGAAGAAGCAAUGACUUUUUCAAAUUGGGCAAAAAGUUACCCCUUUUUGAAUGUAGCAACAGGUUCCGUGCCUGGAAAGUGAAGAAGCAAUGGCUUUUUACAAGCUGUGAAAAAUUAUUCCCAUUUUGGGGUGUAGCAAAGGGAUAGGCUUCCUAGAACACAAGACCCUCUAUGCACAACUUAUUCUCAAUAAGUGUAAAACAAAACAAAAACUCUUAUUUUACGUCCAAUGAAAACCGGUUUUGCAUAUGCAGAACAGACGUAGAACACUCUCUGCGGCUUUACUACAAUUAUUUACAUGUGGCUCCUAUUCCUAUCUGUAUUGUUCACUGCUCACUGUCCCUCACAGAGAUCUUCACCUAACCCCUUCUAUCUCUAAAAUGGUGGCUGAAGCUAUGUACAUAGGCUUUUA